GACGUCAUUGUGAUCCACAUACACAGCAGGAGGGGUGAGGUGGCCAACCCAAGGAGCGAUCCACCGGUAUCAUGGCUUCCUAACAGGAAAGGAAGUGAUUUAGUGGGAAAAUACUGAGUUUCGUAUUGAAUAUUAGCGCAAAUACAACAUUUGCGUGACCGUGAGGGUGGGUAAGUGGGGCUUGGCCUCCCAUUGCGCCCCUAGAUCCAGGAUCUAGUUCAAUUAAUUUGUAAAUUUCCAUUCCUGCACCGUGGAAGAUGGCCGACCCGGCGGAGUGCACCAUCAAAGUGAUGUGCCGUUUUAGGCCCUUGAACAGCUCAGAGGUAACCCGAGGAGACCGGUAUAUACCCAAGUUUCCUCAAGGGGAUGACACGGUCGUAAUCGCGAGUAAGCCCUAUGCUUUUGACCGGGUCUUUGCGUCAAACACCUCCCAGGAACAGGUGUACAACGCCUGUGCCCAGAGGAUCGUUAAAGAUGUUCUGGAGGGAUACAACGGGACGAUUUUUGCCUACGGGCAGACGUCCUCUGGAAAAACUCACACCAUGGAGGGCCUGCUGCACGACACAGACAACAUGGGCAUCAUCCCAAGGAUCGUGCAGGACAUCUUCAACUACAUCUACUCCAUGGACGAGAACCUGGAGUUCCACAUCAAGGUGUCGUAUUUUGAAAUCUACCUGGACAAGAUUCGGGACCUGUUGGAUGUAUCCAAGACCAACCUGUCGGUGCACGAGGACAAAAACAGAGUCCCCUACGUCAAGGGAUGCACUGAGAGGUUUGUCUGCAGCCCAGAGGAGGUUAUGGACACCAUCGACGAGGGCAAAUCUAACAGACACGUAGCGGUCACAAACAUGAACGAGCACAGCUCCAGGAGCCACAGCAUCUUCCUCAUCAACGUGAAGCAGGAGAACACGCAGACGGAGCAGAAGCUUAGCGGGAAGCUCUACCUGGUGGAUCUGGCUGGCAGUGAGAAGGUCAGUAAAACGGGAGCCGAAGGGGCCGUCCUGGAUGAAGCCAAAAACAUCAACAAGUCUCUGUCAUCCCUGGGCAACGUCAUCUCUGCUCUAGCUGAGGGAACGGCAUACAUCCCGUACAGAGACAGCAAGAUGACUCGUAUCCUGCAAGACUCCCUGGGUGGGAACUGUCGGACGACCAUCAUCAUCUGCGCCUCGCCUUCCUCCUACAACGAGUCGGAGACCAAGUCCACGCUCAUGUUCGGACAGAGAGCGAAGACCAUCAAGAACACGGUGUGUGUGAACGUGGAGCUGACCGCGGAGCAGUGGAAGAAGAAGUAUGAAAGAGAGAAGGAGAAGAACAAGACCCUGAGGAACACCGUCACCUGGCUGGAGAACGAGCUCAACCGCUGGAGGAACGGCGAGAGCGUCCCGGUGGACGAGCAGUUCGACAAGGAGAAGGCCAACGCCGAGGUGCUGGCGCUGGACAACGUGGUCAACGACAAGCCGGCCUCCACGCCCAACUUGCCGGGCGUCCGCCUCACCGACGUGGAGAAGGACAAGUGCGAGGCGGAGCUGGCCAAGCUCUACAAGCAGAUGGACGAUAAGGACGAUGAGAUCAACCAACAGAGCCAGCUGGCUGAGAAGCUCAAGCAGCAGAUGUUGGACCAGGAGGAGCUCCUGGUGUCUUCCCGCCGUGACCAUGAGAACAUGCAGGCCGAGCUGAACCGCCUGCAGGCGGAGAACGAGGCCUCCAAGGAGGAGGUGAAGGAGGUGUUGCAGGCGCUGGAGGAGCUGGCCGUCAACUACGACCAGAAGAGCCAGGAGGUGGAGGACAAGACCAAGGAGUUCGAGGCCAUCAGCGAGGAGCUCAGCCAGAAAUCGACCCUCCUCACAUCGCUGGACUCUGAGCUCCAGAAGCUGAAGGAGAUGUCCAACCACCAGAAGAAGAGGGUGACGGAGAUGAUGUCGUCGCUGCUCAAAGACCUGGCCGAGAUUGGCAUCGCCGUGGGCAGCAAUGACGUCAAGCAACACGAGGGCAGCGGCGUGAUCGACGAGGAGUUCACGGUGGCGCGCCUCUACAUCAGCAAGAUGAAGUCGGAGGUGAAGACCAUGGUGAAGCGCUGCAAGCAGCUGGAGGGCACCCAGUCCGAGAGCAACAAGAAGAUGGACGAGAACGAGCUGGAGCUGGCCGCGUGCCAGCUGCGCAUCCAACAGCACGAGGCCAAGAUCAAGUCCCUGACGGAGUACCUGCAGAACGUGGAGCAGAAGAAGAGGCAGCUGGAGGAGAACGUGGACUCCCUCAACGAGGAGCUGGUCAAGAUCAGUGCCCAAGAGAAAGUUCAUGCCAUGGAGAAGGACAAUGAGAUACAGUCUGCAAAUGAAGUCAAGGAGGCCGUGGAGCAGCAGAUCCACUCCCACCGCGACGCCCACCAGAAGCAGAUCAGCAGCCUCCGGGACGAGCUGGACAACAAGGAGAAGCUGAUCACCGAGCUCCAAGACCUCAACCAGAAGAUCAUGCUGGAGCAGGAACGUCUCCGGGUGGAGCACGAGAAACUCAAGUCCACCGACCAGGAGAAGAGCCGUAAGCUGCACGAGCUCACGGUGAUGCAGGACCGCAGGGAGCAGGCUAGACAGGACCUGAAGGGACUGGAGGAGACGGUGGCCAAGGAGCUGCAGACUCUGCACAACCUGAGGAAGCUCUUUGUCCAGGACCUGGCUACCAGGGUGAAGAAGAGCGCUGAGAUGGACUCGGACGACACCGGCGGCAGCGCGGCCCAGAAGCAGAAGAUCUCCUUCCUUGAGAACAACCUGGAGCAGCUCACCAAGGUUCACAAACAGCUGGUGCGUGAUAAUGCGGACCUGCGCUGUGAGCUUCCUAAACUGGAAAAGCGUCUCCGCGCCACGGCCGAGCGGGUCAAGGCCCUGGAGUCGGCGCUGAAGGAGGCCAAGGAGAACGCCGCGCGCGACCGCAAGCGCUACCAGCAGGAGGUGGACCGCAUCAAGGAGGCGGUGCGCGCGAAGAACAUGGCCAGGAGGGGGCACUCCGCCCAGAUCGCCAAGCCCAUCAGGCCCGGCCAGCAGCCCGUGGCCUCCCCCACCCACCCCAACAUCCACCGCGCUGGGGGGAGCUUCUACCAGAACAGCCAGACGGUUUCCAUCAGGGGCGGCGCCCCCAAGCCGGAGAAGAACUGAAGAGCAGCGUAACAGAAGCCAGCGUCGACCUCCACCACCACCUUCACCACAGCCUGUCGCGUCAAUACAGCAGCGUUGGAGUCCUGCAAUAUAAAUAUAUAUAUAUAUAUAAACACCCCUGGCCUGUACAGCUUCACCAUCCCCCCCCACUCCACACUUCUCUCAUCCCCUUCUGUCUCCCGACGAUGUAAUCAUCAAGAAAAUAACAUAACAAAAUAAAAUUCACCAAAACGUCACCUACCACACUCAUCGGCCAGAAAAUACAAACCAAACGCAGUCUUUGUUCACGCAGACCCUGAUCUGACCGUGUAGCUUCCUGGGUUGUUUUUUCUUUCUUCUCUUCAUUCAUUCAUUCAUUCAUUCAUUCAUGCAUCCAUUGCACUGGUAUGUUGUCAUCUGUCGUUCGUUCAUCUGCACUGUGCCAAGGUGAAUGUAACGGUAGCGGGGUUGGUGUGCAAAACACAAGCGUCUAUAUUAUCUAUAUUACCCGUGCCGCUGCGAGUAUAGCUUGAGUUUGGCUAACCUCUGUACAUUUCACGAAGGUUGUUAACCCACGCUACCCCCCUCCCCCCGGAUAGAUUUUACAUGCUUCUUUAAAGGAAAAAAACAAAACAAAGCAACUGUUUUACAAAAAAAAAAAAACUAGAUUGAACACUGAGCAUUAUGUUUUUGUUGGGUCUUGUACAGAUGUCACUUUGGCCGUACUGCUCAUUCUUCCUGAAUGUCAAUGGGAGGAGGGGGAACGAAGAACAAAAAGACGCCAAGACUUGCAACAGAGUAGAUGUAUUUAACUAAAUACCUGUGGAGGCCAAUUGUUUUUAUCAUUAAGUUAAAAUAUAUAUACUCGUUAUUGGUGACUUCACAAGAAGGAUGUAAAAAAAAAAAAAAAAUUGAAAGAUGAAAACGUCGGAAAGAAGGAAAGAAUGAUCCAGUUAAGCAGAGAGAGAGAGAAAGGACAUUACCUUUUUAGCACAGCCUUUCCUAGUAGCUGAAUGUACCCAACCGUACUUCUCCGUGAGGUUUACUAUGCCAUUUUACUGGACACUAUUUAUAUCGGUCACACAUCGGAGCACAUAGAGCACAGUCAUACUGACUGAGAUGACACAAACACCCACACACGUAUGUUUGUUGUCCUGUCCUAGCUAGUAAGGUGUGUCCAACAUACCCCCCCCCCCGCGCGCGCGCUCUCUCGGCUUGGAUGUGUAGUGGAGGGCUUCUGUCUGUUGCAGUCUCUACUGUUUUUAUAAGUGUUUCUUUUUGCUGCAGCAUACACGUGCUGCAGGGAAGGCUGUUCCUGCCAUGUCAUGUUGAUAUGAAAGUCAUAUCAAGGGUGCCUCGCGUUGGAAGAAUCAUUUGACCCAAAACUGCCCCUGCUUUUUUCUGUUUUGUUUUCUGAACGUUUUUUUUUUUUUUUGGAUUGUGUGCCCCUUUUGUUGUAUAUUGCAGACUUGUUUUUGCUGGAGUUAUGUACUGUAUGUGUUGUGUUUUUUUUUUUUUUUUCGGUUUUGUCGUCUUUAGGUUGAUGUGGAAUUGGGAUUAAUAUGUCAUUGGGCAGGCUGCCCUUGAUUGACAACACUUUUGCUACUGAUCAGCCAAUCAGAUACGCAGGGUCUCAGUCAAGGCAGGGGUUAAUGUUAAAUAUCUUGUAUCGUCUUCAGGAAGGUUUAUUUAACUAAAAAGCUAGUCAGGGGUGUAGGAUUCUGUUUUCUGAUUGUCUUUAUUGCAUUGUUUUUAAAAUAUUGUUUCCCCUCUCUGCUUUUAAAUAUUAUUUUCACCACUUUUUUUUUUUAUGCUAUGGAUCCCAUAAGUAUUUGCAAAAACAAACAUCUCUUGCAAGCGCAAAGUAAAAUCCCAGUUUAUCCGUUAAGGGAGACGUGUGUUUUAGUCGCUAGUGCAACAAGCUCUUCGUGAAGUAGGCCCAUAUAGUACUUGAGGACAGCUGAUCCCAGAACGACACUCCAUAUGUGGCUACUUUUUAAGAGCGAUGAGGAAAAAGCUGCUUCCAAAGCCCGGGCAAGGAAAAAUGAUUUGUAACCGAUCUUCCUUCUGGGGUUGUCUUUUAAAUGUGUGCAUCGGGUUUGUCUCCGUGGUAACUACGACAAGAAGAAACCGGGUGUCCUGUCGCGGCUGCUUCUUCAUCCAUGUGUCCUAAUGGAGAAUGCUUAUCUUUAUCUUAAACUCCUACAAAUACUGGAUAUGAAAUUUGGAAAAGCAUUGUAAAAAAAGAAAUACGACAAACAUUGUUCAAUGGUGUUCACCAAAAUUUAAAUCGUUUGCGUUAAUUCUAAAAAACAAAAAUGUGUAGCCACCUUUUAUUACUGUGUAAUAGUUGCUCAAUUUGUAAGACAGUUGUGAGGAUUCCGUCAGUGGACAAAGGUACUGGAUCAUUCCGAGAGAGCUGGGGCACAAAUAGCAGGGCUCAGACUUUGAGGGGGAAAUGGGGAAACGUUUAAUGAGAUCACCGUUUUGGAUUGACUGCAUGAUGUAAAUGUAUGUGUGAUUAAAUAAUUAUGAGAAAACCCUUUCAA